CAAUAGGAAAGAAUUAGCCGUCGAUUUAGACGUCUCGAUCAAGUUCGUAUCCGUUCCAUAAAUAGCCAACCAAAUACGAACUCCACUCCUCAUCACCUUCAUCUCAAUCUCUCUGUUUUUCAUAUUUCCCACACACGAAUUCUUUUCAGAGAAACAAAAAAAUCUAUCAUUUUUUGCUCUUUUUCCUUUACAUACGAAUGGAAACCGCGAACAGCAACGUCAUAUAUGAAGAGAAAUUCAUAGUGAGACCACGUGGAGUGAAGCUAUUCACCUGCCGAUGGGCGCCUGCAGAUAAAGAGGCAAAAGCUCUGGUUUUCCUCUGCCAUGGCUACGCCAUGGAGUGUAGCAUCUCCAUGAGAGGCUGCGCCGCUCGACUAGUGGAGGCGGGGUAUGAAGUCCACGGCAUCGACUGCGAAGGCCAUGGGAAAUCCUCCGGCCUGCUCGGACUCAUCACCAGCUUCGACGAUCUCGUCGACGAUCUCUCCGACCACUUCACCAAUAUUUCAGAGAGGAAAGAGAAUAGGAAUAAGCUGAGGAUAUUAAUGGGGGAAUCAAUGGGAGGGGCGAUGGUCCUGCGCUUGCAUAGAAAAAUGCCCGAUUUUUGGGAUGGUGCCGUCCUCGUUGCCCCCAUGUGCAAGAUUGCUGACGAUAUUAAACCAAGCCCAGUGGUGAUCACUAUUUUGACUGCGCUGGCUCGGAUCAUCCCUACAUGGAAACUUACUCCAACUCCAGAUAUAAUUGACAUUGCCUUCAGGGACCCACAAGUUAGACAAGAGGUUAGGUCCAAUGCUUACACGUAUAAAGGCCGACCUCGAUUGCAAACUAGCUACCAACUGUAUACAGUCAGCACGGAUUUGGAAAAAAGGCUUGAAGAGGUUUCGUUGCCGUUCAUUGUUCUGCACGGGGAAGAAGAUAAGGUGACGGAUCCGUCGGUGAGCAAGACACUGCACGAAACGGCACGCGCCGCCGACAAGACCAUCAAGCUGUAUCCCGGAAUGUGGCACUCCUUGUCGUACGGCGAGCUGCCGGAAAACCUCGACAUCGUAUUCUCCGACAUCGUCAACUGGGUUGACCAACGACUGAACGCCAGAUUGGAAGAGCAACUCAAGUCUGCUAAUGAUCAAAACGCUAAAUAAGGAAUAUCACUACUUUUUACCGCUUCAUACACCUCACCUCAUAUUUUAUUGUUUUUUUUUUUUUUUUUUUUUUUUGCAUAUUUUAUUGUUUUACUCUUUCUUUCUCUUUUAGUUGGUUGUUAUAACUUAUAAACUACAAAAGUGAUUAUUCUUUAAAGAUAAAGCCUGUCUUUUCCUCCAUGUAUCAAUUGUAGUGUGCAAUUUACCGAGUGUUUGGAAAUUAUUGGAUGUAAUUAAUAAUAAUAUUCUUAAUAGUAUUAAUUAUUUUUUCAA